GGCCUGGCGGGAGGAGGCAGGUGAGCGGCAGCCCGACCCGGUGUUGAGGGCCGCUGGGACCCCGGGUGGAGGCGACCGAGGUCUGAGGGAAAAUGGGACGCUUGGAACCACCGGGAGGUCGUGGGGUACACGAGGGUGCACAGGGAGAAGCCAUUGGUGCUGAGAAGACUUCAGUGGACUGAACAUCUUCUAUAUCUAUGGCAUUUGCCCCUCCUAGAAGCAUGGAUGGCCCCAAGCUACACACCAAGAUGAGCAUGUGGACUCCACUGAACCAUCAACUCAUGAAUGACAAGGUGUUUGAAGAAAGAAGAGUCUUGCUUGGGAAAUGGUUUGACAAGUGGACAGAUGGUCAGAGGCGGAGGAUCCUGGCAGACCUGUUGGAACGCUGCACCCCAUCACAGCAGAAGUUCUGUGCCAAGCAGCUACAGGAGCGAGUUCCCACUGAGGCCCUAGAUUUUACCACAAAGCUUCCUAGAGUCCUGUCCUUAUACAUCUUUUCCUUCCUGGACCCACGGAGCCUCUGUCGAUGCGCACAGGUGAGCUGGUACUGGAAGUUCUUGUCUGAACUGGAUCAGCUGUGGAUGCUGAAAUGCCUGCGUUUUGGCUGGUACAUCAACUUCUCUCCAACUCCCUUUGAGCAAGGAGUCUGGAAGAAGCAUUACAUUGAGAUGGUGAAGGAGCUGCGUGUCUCAAGACCAAAGACUCCUUCAAAAGAUGAGUUUGUAGUUAUAGAUGUGCAACCAGUAAGAAGCAACAGCCCAGAGACAAAAGCUGCUGUGGCAGGAAGGAGGACAAGCAAGGAGAAGAAAAAGCUCCUGCCGUGGCGUUCGUCAGACAGGCACCCUACGGACACCAUCCGAUUCAACUACCUCGACAACUACGACCCCAUCGAGCAGGCCAGGCAGGCGAGAAAGAAAGGAGGAGGACAGACCCCAGACCUCAGCCGGCAGGCAGCUGAGAGAAAAAAGAGAGAGGGUCAUGGAUCUAAGAGGCUCCAGAAAGAAGAAUCACAGCUAUCAUUUUCUACAGCUCUUGACUGUGUUCCAAAACCACCAGUUCGUCCCAGCUGGGCCACUCAUCAGUCAGCUGAGAACUUGCUGCCCUCCAAAGCAGCAGCAAAGACCCUGGCCCAGAGCCCCCAGUGGAACGCUGCGAUACGACCAGCACCUGUUCGAGCUCCAGUGCCAAAGCCACUUGAAGGAAGAAAGAAGGACUUCAUAAGGACAACCAACAGGUCUCCUUCACCUCCUCUGUUUGAAGCUCAGCCCUGGCACAUUCCUUCAUCUAACCAAGGAUCUGACACAGAGUAAGGGAGGAUCCAGAGUAUCUUUCACCCCAGCAGAACAGAAGCUAAUCUGCCUGGCACUGGGGAAACAACAGCAAUGCUACUCAAGGCACAGGUGAAGAACAGUUGCUUUUGAGUCCUUCAGAAGGAUCCAGCUAAUUUUUGUCCCAGCUGUUGCUAGAAAAUACUUUCUUCAUUAACCUUACCACACGAUGCAAAGAAAUGGUCAUGAAGGUCCUGCAUCUGCUCUCACCUAGGCUGGACAAAAGAAACCUCAACUGCCUCACACUUCAGAUAGAAAGGUGUGGGAGUAGAAUCAUAGAAUCAUAGAAUCAACCAGGUUGGAAGAGACCCUCAAGAUCACCCAGUCCAAUCUAGCACCCAGACUGUUGUUUUGGAGGUAUGCUUGGUGCAGUGACUCCUGAUGGCCUUUGCUGGAUUCUUUCCAGUAGUUCCCUGUCUCUCUUGAACAAGGGAGCUCUGAACUGGACCCAGCACUCCAGAUAUGGUCUAACCAGAGCAGAGCAGAGCAGAGCAGAGCAGAGCAGAGGGACAGAAGAAUCUCCUUUGACCUACUGGCCACACUCUUCUGAAUGUACCCCAGGAAACCAUUGGCUUUCUUGGCCACGAGUGCACACUGCUGACUCAUGAGGAACCUGCUGUCCACCAGCACUCCCAACUCCUUCUCCAGAAAGCUGCUUUCCAGCAGGACAACUCCUAACUAUGGGUAAGUUACCCAUAGGUUACAUGUCUUCAAUGCUCACUACACAUUUUAAGCCUUAGACUUUCUCUGAUUUAUAAAGUUCUUGUCUUUAUGAUGCUGUAAAACAAGCACCAGCAACGUUCAGGCCAAGUGUUACAUGUUUGAGCAGCAGAGCUAUAUAACACCUUGAUUAUGUUGGUAAAAUAAAAGUAACUGCAUUUAUAACA